AGCAAUUGUGACACAUUGUAGCCCCCUUUGUGUUCCUUAGCUCCAAAGGAUCAACCUCUCUUUGUUGUUUUUCGCCAAUCACAAACCCAGAAAACAACGAAGCCGAUUCGUCUCCAGCUCUCUCAAUCAUCAACCCCAAUCUCACCGGUUAGAUUCUCCGUUAUUAAUUUGUAUUAGAUUCUUUGCUCCGUGUUUCUUUUUUCAACAUAAAUACACGCAAUAACACGAACAAAUCGAAUUAUGAAAUGAAUUCGAAUUCUAAAUCUAGUAAAGGAUCAGCGUCGUCAGCUCAUCUUUCCAGGCCUCGAUUUGUUAAGGUUAGGAAACAAUCAGCAGCUGCCGCCUCACACACUUCGAUACCUAAUCCUGGUUUUAAUCCGUUUACGCCUUCUGCGAACCCGCAAAUGAGUAGUGGCACCAGUACUUUGAAUCCGUUUGUUUUUAGAGCUAGUGCUAGUGGAAUGACACAUGAUCCGCUUCUCGAUAAAAUUAGGAAUAUGAAUAUUUCGGAUGGGGGUGGUGGUGGUAAGGGAAUGUUUGUGUUUGAGACUGGCGGUAAGAAGAGUAGUGAGAGUGAUGGUUUGAGGAGGGAUAGUGGUUUGGAUACGGAACUUCCGGAUCAGAUAAGUAAACUGAAUAUUAAGGACUCUGGGACGGCUGGCGGAGGAGGUUUAGGAUAUGAUGCUAUGAGGAAUGUGAGUGGUGAUUCGAAGAAUGUACUUCCGGAUAUGUUUAAUAAACUGAAUAUUAAGGAGUCUAUGGCAUCGGAUCAGGGUGGUAUCGGGUUUGGUGAUAAGAGUGGUUCGGUUUAUAAUGAGUCGCAUCAGGGUAGAUAUGGGUUUCAGGCUGGGGAUGUUAAGCUGGCAUCCUCAUCUCCUGGAAUGCAUUUCGGGCCAGCUAUGAAUACUUUAAAUGCUUCUUCUGUGGGGAUGACUUACAAUGAUGAAGUGAGAACACCGUAUGUAGAGUUCAAAACCCCUAACCUAAAAGAAUAUGUAGCUUCGGAUUAUGAUAGGAACCGAGAAUCAAGAGGGGAUUCUACCAAAGAAGCUAAACUGAAAAAGAAGAAAUGGGACCCCAGGAAGACCACUGCAGGUCAUGUGAUGUGCGAUGAAGAAUUUGUUUUUGGAGAAGGAAGUUCUCGCCAAACUUGCGACUCUUCUGAAGCAUAUUCGCCUAUGGAUGUCUCUCCAUAUCAAGAGACGGUAGCUCAAAGUACCCGUUCAAGAGAAACUUCCAUAACAUCAGAUGAGGUUUUAUAUCCUGACGACAGUUACGUGUCUAGUGAAUCACAUCCAACAGUCUCCAAUACCACUAUAGAUGAAGAUCUGGCUGCUGCAACAAAUCAGCUGAAUAUCAAUAGAAGUAAUAUAAAUUUUACAAGCUUUGGGUGUGACUCUGGUACAGAUUGUUUUGACAAAGGCUCUGUUGCUGGAGGUCCAUCAGAGGAGUCCAUUUCAGGAGCCGAGACUGAGAGUUUUAAGUCUGCGGUUGAUCAGUUGGAAUAUAGCAGUGAUACCUUUGUUACUGCAGGUGAUACUGAGGUCAGUUCAUGUUCAUCAUAUGAGAGGCAGGAUCUUGAUGGGAAGACACAAUUUAACUUUGCUUCAAGUAUCGAAGAUACUGGAAGUAGCAGCUUCACCUUUGCUGCAUCUUCCUCUAAUCAUGUUCCAUCAUCUGCUGAUACACGGCACUACAAAAAGAAGCAUAGAUUGAAAGUGGGCAAUGAUACUUAUAGUUCUUUUGUAAAUGACAAAGUUCCCCUGGAAUCGUCCACUUCGCCAUUUUUCCCGAUUUCUGGAACAUCUUCCAAUCCGUCCCCUUGGCAGGGUCGGAAGGGUGAUGAAUCGAAGUUAUUUGGUAAAAGUGAAAAUAAAUCUGAACUAAUUAAAGAAAAGGAGGUAAAGCAAGUAAGUUUUUCCUCUGCUACAAGCAUCGCAGCACAGGAAGCUUGUGAGAAGUGGCGCUUAAGAGGAAAUCAAGCAUAUGCAAACGGAGAUCUGUUGAAGGCAGAAGAGUGUUACACAAAAGGCGUGAACUGUGUGUCAAAAACUGAGACAUCUAAAAGUUGUAUCAGUGCAUUGGUGUUUUGCUAUAGCAACCGUGCAGCAACACUUAUGUGUUCUGGAAGAAUGAGAGAAGCACUACAGGACUGUAUGUUUGCUGCUGACCUAGAUCCUAGCUUUCUUAGGGUGCAACUACGAGCCGCAAACUGUUAUCUAGCCCUAGGGGAAGCAGAUAAUGCAUCGGUUCAUUACAUGAAAUGCUUGAAGGCAGGAAAUGGUGCUUGCCUGGACAGUAAACAUUUAGCUGAGGCCUCCGAGGGAGUAGAUAAAGCAAAGAAAAUAUUGGAGUGCAUAAAGCAAUCUGCUGACCUUUUGCAACAAGAGACUGCUGAUUUUGCCGAGCAUGCCUUGGCGAGAAUUGAAGAGGGUUUGAUGAUAAGUCCAUACUCGGAAAAGCUUCAGGAAAUGAAAGCAGAUGUUCUUUUCAUGCUACGGAGAUACGAUGAGGUGAUUAAAUAUUGUGAGGAGACCAUGGAGUCUGCAAAGAUUAAUAGCUCCGUAGUUGGUGCUGAUAACAGACAGAAUAAUGUGGAGGGUCCUAACGUAAGAGCAAGCUCUUCCUUUAGGGUAUGGCGCUGGAACCUCAUCGCUAAGUCUUACUUCUAUAUAGGAAAGAUGGAUGAAGCUCUUGAUUUUGUUAAAAAACUUGAGGAACCUGUGCUAAUUACAGAAAGGAAGGGAAACCAAUCCCUGGAGUCGGUGAUACCAUUAGCUUGCACUAUACAAGAUUUGUUGCGUUUUAAGGUUUCUGGAAAUGAAGCAUUUCAAUCUGGCCGACAUGCAGAAGCUAUUGAGCAUUACACUGCAGCUUUAUCAUGCAGUGUAGAGUCACGCCCUUAUGCAGCUGUCUGUUUUUGUAAUCGUGCUGCUGCAUAUCAAGCAAUGGGUCAAAUCGCAUAUGCAAUUUCAGAUUGCAACGUAGCUAUAGCCCUAGACGGAAGUUAUGCAAAGGCAAUUUCUAGGCGAGCCACCUUGUUUGAGAUGAUUAGAGAUUUUGGACAAGCAUCUACAGAUCUUCAUAGACUCGAAUCUCUUCUCAAGAGGCAUGUAGAGGACAAGGGUAAUCAGUUUGGUGCUUCUGAUAGAAUGAACCGCAUUAAUGAGCUAAAGCAAACUCAACAACGGGUCUAUAUGAUGGAAGAAAAAGCUAGAGAAGGCAUUCCUUUGAAUAUGUACCUGAUCCUGGGUGUAGAACGCUCUGCUGCAACAUCUGAGAUCAAGAAGGCAUAUAGGAAAGCUGCACUGAGGCAUCAUCCUGACAAGGCUGGCCAGUUUUUAAAUAGAAGUGACAGUGGUGAUGAUGGUCUUUGGAAGGAAAUAGCAGAAGAGGUCCACAAAGAUACUGAGCGGCUAUUCAAAAUGAUUGGAGAGGCAUAUGCAGUGCUCUCAGACCCUGUCAAGCGGUCAAGGUUUGAUCAAGAAAGAUAUGAGCAAGAGGAAGUGGUGAGAAACAGUCAUAAAAAAAGCAACGUGUCUGGCACAUAUGCAGAUGUCCAUAGUUAUCAUUUUGAGAGAAGUGGAAGCAGGAGGAAUUGGGACGAAAUUUUGAGGUCAUAUGGAAACUCUCAGCCCUGGGGAUCAGAAAGAAGUCGAUCUAACAGGUACUCAUGAUGAAAUGUGGGUAUGACAACAAAGUUCAAAUGGUCAUUGUGGUGAUGUCUUUAGAGGCUGGCGUCAAAGAAGUCAUUAAGCGACACAAGACAUGCUACUUUCACAACUGCCAAAUUGGGGUAGGUUUGGUUCUUACAGAUUAAAAGCUCGCUUUGGAUGUUUGUUUGAAUGGAUUUGCAGUGCAGUCUAAGCCAGGAAGGAGAGCUCUCCAAAUGAUGUUACCAUUUUUUGUCAAAUUUUAUCAAGAGUUACGGUAACUUGUAAACUUGGUUGCAGAUCUGCAGCAUGGAGGCGCACAAUGCAUUCAUGACAGCUGUGGAAACUGAAAGGUUGCUUGCCUAGGGUUAAGUUACAUUGUUGUGGGAAAAAAUGGUGUCCAUUUAUGCAGAACUAAUGUGCUGGGAUUGUAAUUUUGGUUAAAUAUGACUUAUAAUACAUCCGCAGAUCAGGAUUCUAGUCGGUGGAGAUGUUUUUCAGAGUUGAUAUUUGACUGUAGGGUAAAAAGCCGAUUGUUGGUUUAUACAGAAAUGGGAAAAGAUCUGCUCAUACGUUGAA